AUGGCAGCGGUAGUAUACGGGAACAGUCCACGACACAGCAGCCGUCACCAUCAGGGCCAUAUGCUGUCGCAGCACUCGCCGUACCAUACGCAACCGGCCAGCAGUGCCGGUCAGCAUCACUCACUGCCCCCGCCGCCCGUGGUCGGCCAUCACCACCAUCACUCGUCGUCCGUGUCGCCUCCCUCGCAGAUCAUCACUCCGCCGACGUCGUACCUUUCCUCUGCCACGACCGCCAUCUCCUCGCAGCAAUCACCACAGCAGCAGUCGCAACAACCGCAGUACUAUCACCAUCACUCGCAGUCAGUGUCGUUGCCGCCGCAGCACUCGCAGACACUCAACAGCUACCAUCAGCUGCGCAGCUCGAAGCGCAAGUCAGCCGUAGAGCUGCUUGCGGAAAGUAAGCCAUUCUAUGUGAAAUCGGAGACGGUGCUCGAUCGCCAGCAGCAGCUGCUGAACAAGCGCUCCAGUGGUGGUGGAAGCGUUGGUGGUGCUGGUGGAAGUGCCGGUGGAAGCGGUGGUAGUAGUGGCGGUGGUGGAGGUGGCUCACAGCAAGGUAGGGGUGGUGAUGGAGGCAGCACCGGCACCCUUAGUGGAUCAUAUAUGGUAUCACCCUCGCGAACACUGCCAUCGUCCGCCGUUAGCCAGGCGUUGCAACAGCAAGUGCAACAGGCACAGCAACAGCAGCAGCAGCAACAACGACCCACUAACCGUCGGAGCGCCUCUUCCGGUUCGGAUCUCCUGCAAACCAAACUACGCAAGCUGCUCAACGCGUCCGACAGCAAAGAGACAAUAAUGCCCUCGCCAGUGGACGUGAGCCUAAUCGGUUCCAAAUACGGCCAACCGCUCGAAACCAGCUACAUCGGUACGGGCAUGAUCGGAGGUGGCGGAAUCACCGGUGGUGGUAGCCUCGACGACAUCGGUUACAUCCAGCCACCGAAGAACUACCAACAACAGCUGACCGUACACCCGGAGCAACCGAGCGACGUGUCCGUAUUUUUCCCGAGUGCAUUUUUGUCACCACAAUCGCUACCACCACAUCCGGGCGGAGACGAUGACCUCUAUCUAUACGGAGGACUUCACGACAGCUUGGUACUGACCGAUGACUACCGUGCCAUCAGUCCUCCGGCCGAGUACGCCGAGCAACAACAGCAACAACAGCAGCAGCAGCAACACGGUGGCUCACCCGAGAGCAAACAUCCGAUGGGAGGAACCGGUGGUGGCCAUAGCCGCUACAACUACCAGCGCUCGUACUCCCACUCGCAGGCUGUGGUGACCGGAUCCGGACAUCAUCCGACCGACGAAUCCGACUACUCCCCGACGCAGUCGUACAACAUCAACAGCCACAAAUCGCUACCGGAUCUGCACUCGCAAAGUAGCCGCCAUUCGCCACAUUCCGAGGCGCUCAGUUGCUGCAGUCGUGGAAAUCGUUCGAACCGCUCGGGUAGCUCGUUUAACCGCGAUUCCGGUGGCUCAUCUGGCCAUUACACGCACCACAGUGAACCGUGUUGCAAGCAGCAACUGCAGCACCAGUCACACCAGCAACAGCACCAAUCGCACUCGCAGCAACAACAACAGCACCAACCGCAACACCAUCUCCCACACUCGCAGCUGAUGAUGCAACAACAGCAAAUGCAGCAGCAUCACUCGCAACACUACCAGCAGCAACAGCAGCUGCACCAUCAGGCGAACGAUUCGAUGAUGAUGCUUGGGGAUUACCGUCGGGAUAGUGGCUCAUCAACCCAGCACAGUGGCAACUCGUACUACGCGUACGGUAUUCCGCCAUUACGCUACGAUUGCAUCGAAUGCCGGGCGAAAAUUCGCGAGGAAGCGGACUGUCUGCUUAACUUUACGACUCCCGAGGUGCCGGAAGCGUUCCAGGAUGGUUACAGCGAGAAGCAACAUCAGCUGCAGCAGCAACACCAGCAACAGCAACAACAACAGCAGCAACACCAUCAACAGCAGCAACAUGCGCUCUCAAAAAGCCAGCACGCGAAGUACUACGACGAUCGUGGCCGGAAAUACUACAAGAACGUGUCCGGACCCCCGAUGUCACCGUUGUCGCCGGUGUCUCCGCUUUCCCCACCGGACCAACCACCGUCCCAGCAGGAGCUUAGUCCACCACUCGGGACGUUCAAGAGGCAGAAGUGUUUGCGCUUCAAGAACCGAAGUGGCCGGGCGUCGGCAGUUAGCAACCCAUCGCCAUCAUCCGGUGGUGGUCGAUGUGGCCCAGGUGGUCCUGGUUCGAGUGCGAGUGCCGGAGCCGUUGGUGGUGCUUCACACGAUGACGAUCGUCGGCCGAUCUUGCGCUCGAAAAGCGACAUCAGUGAUCGUUACUGGAACCGGGUUAGCCAGCAGGAGCGUGGUUUGCCGGUUGUGGCCGUCCCCAUCAAUGUGGACAUCCGUGGGGAUCAUCGCGAUCGGCGUGUGGAUCGAGGCGAGCAGCAACAGCAUCAACAACAGCAGCAACAGCAGCAUCAACAACACGAGAAACAGCGUUCACGAUCGGAUAGUCUCACCCAGCUGGAGCGUUUCUUCGAUCGACUUGGGUUGGAUGAGGAAACGUACGAUCGAUUCAUCGCCCCGAAGGGUGGUUCACUGCAACGUCGAUCAUCCGGCGGUGGUGGUGGUUAUCAUCAUCAACAUCCGCACAGCAACUCCGCUUCGUCCGACAUUCACCGGUUGGCGGAUGACUGUCCGAGUGGCGGUGGUGGUAACGGUGGUGGUGGUGGAGAUGGUAACGGAGCCAACCCCGGCGCUGGCCAGGAUUCGGACGAAUCGAGUGCCGUCUUCUUCUCGGAUGUUUCGACCAUCGAUUCGACCAAACUCCCGGACAGCACGGUGGAUCCGGUGGUCGGAGGAGGAGGGCAACCGCAACCGCAACAGCAGCAACAGAACCAGGGUCUUGGAGCAGCUCCACUACUGGCCACCGAAGUAGUUCCGCUGCUGGGAGGAGCAGCUCCACCGCUGUACCGCACCAGCGAACCACCGUCGAUCAUCGAACGGAACGCGCGCAUUAUCAAGUGGCUGUGCAACUGCAAGAAGAUGCAGUUGACCUAG